AUGAGCUCCUUUGCACCACGGCCAAAGAUUGUCCGCACGAGUCCAAAGAGCGAGCACAAUCUCGAAAAUGAGAAUCAACCGGCUCUCCCUGCUCCAGUCUCCACAAAGCACAAGUCCAGCACGGCUAGACAGACAUUCUUUGCGGAUGGAAGAUGGAGAAGAGUAUUCAAAGCAUUCAAGCAUGGCACAGGCUAUACGAAUAAGCAACCAGAAUGGACAAACUCACUCUUGGACGUCAGUGACGAUGGACGAGGGACGACGACGUCGGUCGACGGUGGCCAACAGGGCGAUAGUGGACUCGAAGAGGAUGAUGUGACCUGGUUGAGUGCAAAGGAUAAUGAAGACACGCUCGCGCUUGUACUCGUCGAACGCGACUUGAGUGCUAACUCCCAAGCCUCACACAAUAUGACAGCCUCUCAGGAUAAUUUCACUGCACUCGCACCUCCGACAAACACCUUGCACCCUCAUCACCCUCUCCCAAACGACCGCAAGUAUCGUCUCAAAGGAUACGAAGCAUCUGUGCACGAAGGCCGCUUGACCCCCUGGUUCUGGUUGAGAUAUAGAGCGUUUCCUUGGGUUCAACAUGCGUUUAUGCGCUUCUUCUAUCCCCAGUUUGACGAUCAAAAGUUGAAGCGGCCUAUUCGGGACGAGUAUACGAGUCGCAAAAGCUUUGUUUGCUCAACCUACCUAGUCAUUAGCUGGGCCAUUGCACUCACGCUCCUACCCAAGCAUCCCGAGACGUCGGACAAGGUGUUCUACUGGGCUAUUGCUUCCGCCCUUACCGUGCCGCUCCCAAUCAUGAUCUUUUACGACCUUCCCAAGCGCGUCCCCAUCUUUUACCAAUGCUUUCUCCUAGUGUCGAUCUGGAGCUGGUCGGCCUAUCUGAUCACGUUCAUGCAACUCUGCCGGUACUAUGGCGGUGGCCUUCCUCACUUUAGUUGUGCCGGUAGGGACAUGCUAAACCUGUUCUAUUACAUGGUCGCGCUCCCAGUCAUUGCGCUGUUCGGUAUGGGCCAACAGCGCCUUUAUGCUACAAUCGCACCCAUCAUCAUGAUCAUCACACCGUCUGCAUUAUUUAUUCCUCGCAAGAGUGCUUGGGCCCGAUUCGCACUGGAACACAUCUUCCUGCAAGCCCUCUUGCUGUACAUUCACUGGCGACGCGAGAUUCUUGAGCGGAAUGUCUACUUUUUCAAUAAAAAGGUCAAAGACGCCCUCUUGGCGUUGCACCACACUCGUGUUCACCAGUCUCGUGUGGAAGCAGCUCGAGCGAGAUCGACCAGCUACAUCUUUCAUGAAGUUCGUCAACCUCUCAACGCCGCGUUCCUAGCUUAUCAAAAUCUGGCUGCAUCGACGAUUAUCAAACCCGAGUUCAAGUUUGAGUGGGACACACUGCGGAUCAAGCUGACGUCAAUGUCCAAAUUACUCAAUGAUGUCCUGGAUCAAAAACGGAUGGAUGCGGGCAAAUUCGAAAUCGUGUCUAGGCCAUAUGCAUUCCACUCUGUGAUCCGACAAGUGCACUUUAGUGCACGUAUGGCGGCCGAACUCAAAAAGCAAGAGGUGACGGUUGAUCUCGACCCGAACAUUGACAUGGCAGCGCGUAUUGCGACAUACCACGCCCAGCAAAAAUCGGAUGAAGAGAUUUACCGAAAGAUCAGGGCCUCGCCCGGCGAGGAUGGGAUUGUGAAUGGCGACGAGACACGCUUGACACAAGUACUCAACAAUCUCAUCACAAACGCGACCAAGUUUACACCCGAGAAUGGCAAGAUACGCAUCGUGACACGCCUAGUGUCGCCUGUCGUCUCUCGCCACUCCACGGUCGAGUACAAGCUCUCUUCGUGCGCCUGGACGACCACACUCGUGCGGCCUCAAAUGGCGAUGGGUGGUGGGCUUGGGACUGGGAAAUGGGACGAGGAUCCAGAACGCUUGGUGAUACGGAUUGAAGUUGUGGACAAUGGAUGUGGCAUCUCGCCGUCCGACGUCAAGGAUCGCCAUUUGUUUUCACCCUAUGCUCAAGCCGGUGUCGGCAGAUUUCAAGGCGGCUCUGGGUCCGGAUUGGGACUCUCGCUGGUACGGAGGAUUGUCAAGUUGAUGGGCGGGAGAAUGGGUGUCGAGAGUACAGCUGGAAGUGGCACAACGUUCUGGGUCGAGCUACCGUUCAAAGUAACGUCAGUCGAUUCAAGUUCGAUUCUACCGCCUCUCCUCUCUUCUCCCAAGUCGAGUUACACGUCUAGUGGGACGACAAACGUACCUUCUGCCCAAGGUUCCACUGGGACAACCCAAGCGGUGUCCGCUCAAGGUUCGACUGGAACGAAUGCAGCCUCUCUCCCACUUCCAUUAUCACCCACAACGGAACCGGACGCAAGUGAACCGCCGCAAUCCAACGUGCAUUUGCUUCCGACACCCAAAAUUUCCGACGCAUCUGCAAAGCCAGGCGCGCCAAGCGAUUUCAAUAAGACUGAUCCGCCGGUCAAAGUAGGAGCUGGAAUCUCUGCAUUAAUCGUGGAUGAUGAUCCGACCUCCCGUGGGCUUCUUGCGCGUUUGUUGAAGCGUCUUGGGUGUACAGUGGCUGAAGCGGAAAAUGGCAAAGUCGCGUUACAAAAGCUCGGGAUGAACGACGCUGCGGACGCAUCAAGUAGCCCAGAGGUUUUCAAGGAACAGAGAAUCAAUUUCACUUCGCCUGCGGCGGAUAUUCUCGAAGACCCUUUAGCGCGCCAUACAGUAUAUCCCUUUGACGUAAUCUUCCUUGACAAUCAAAUGCCCGUCAUGACGGGAAUAGAAGUCGCCUCUGCGCUCCGACUCGCGGACAGACGUGAUUUUGUGGUGGGCUUGACGGGAGAAGCUCACGUAUCCGACCAAGAGCGAUUUCUAGGUGCCGGGGUAGACGAGGUCUUGUCAAAACCGGCACUCGAGUCCCAGUUGAGAGAAGUACUCCAAAAAGCGCGCGCACGUCAGCCUAAAGACCAGUCACCACGCCAUCUCACGCGAGAACAUCAACCCCCGUGA